CCUAGUUCGUGCGUCCAGUUAGUGAAUCGGCUCAGUUCAGGUCCGCAAUUUUUAUGUCGUUUUAAAACAUAAAAAAUUUGUGUUAGACAAAGGAGAAACUCCAAAAAUUGUACACGAAGAAAGCCGAAAUUUUCUGCGUGAUUAACAACACAUACACAAAUACAUUUGUAAAAUGCGUUGUAACUUACAAAUUUUGGCCGCGUCAUGUGUCAUCGUCACGCUAUUGGCCGCUCAGUCGACGGCGGCGUCGACGGCAUCCACAAAAGUAUUGAAAACAGAUGGAAAACUAAUUGAAUUGGAUGAGGAUAACUGGCAGCUAAUGCUAAAUGGCGAAUGGAUGAUUGAAUUCUUUGCUCCUUGGUGCCCGGCCUGCAAGAAUCUGGCGCCAGUCUGGGAACGCUAUGCCAACACAGCAAAGGAUGUUAAUGUCCAUGUGGCCAAGAUCGAUGUGACCACCUCACCGUCACUCAGUGGACGCUUCUUUGUCACCGCCUUGCCCACCAUUUAUCACGUCAAGGAUGGCGAAUUCCGUCAAUAUCGUGGCGCACGUGAUGCCGAUGCCCUCUUGUACUUCCUCAAGAAGAAGUCCUGGCAGUCAAUUGAGCCGCUGUCCUCCUGGAAGAAGCCCGACACCAUUCACAUGUCCCUGUUAUCCUAUUUCUUCAAAUUGUCACACACUCUGAAGCACACGCAAAAACUCUUUAAGGAUUUCAACGCACGCCUGCAGGAGGAAUAUGGACUGCCCACAUGGGGAUCGUAUGCUUUGUUCGCCGUUGCCACAAUCUUUGUGGGCGCUGCUUUGGGUUUAUUGCUAGUGUGCAUUGUGGACUUUGUUUAUCCACCAAAGAAGACGCAGCGUCAAAGCUUCUCUGAAUCCCAGGACAAUCUGGCCCAGGAAGUUGAGGAUUUGGCAACAGAGGAUAUCGAAGACGAUGCCGAGGAUAAUGCUGCUGAAGACGAUGAAUCGAACAGCGACGAUACUGAGGACGUUCCAGCUGAUGAGGAUGAAUCUAGCAGCGAGGAUGUUCCUGCUUUAGUUGAUGAAGAAGAGGAAGCGAAGAAGGAAACUGGCGGUGAUAAGGUGGCGAGCAAGAAGACCGAAAGCAAAGCGGAGAAAACAGAAAAGGCCAACAAUCAAGCCGGCGAUGAGGCGCCAGAGAUUGCGGACAAGCCCAGCACUGAGCAGGUCCGCAAGCGUAAGCCACGCAAGGCGGAUUAGAUUGUUGGGUCGACGACGAGAAGUGGCAACGAAAAAGACUAACAAAACAUUACACAUUAAAGCCCUUUAACAACAAAACAGCAUCUGCGAUUUGUUGGAUGUAUUACGAGCCUGUUUCUAAUUGUUUAUCUUUAUGCACAACGCACAAAUAAACAUAUUGUUUCCAUGCUGUCGCAUUUGAAAAUGUUUUCCAACUGUUGCUGCGGAAAAUUAAUAAUGUAAUUUGAUUUUAGCAGUCAUUACGAUUAUGUCAAUCGCCUUUUAGCACCUCAUGUAUUUCAUAAUUAUUAAAACGUAACAAUAACUGAA